GCGCUGCGGGGCCAGGGAGAGGGAGAGGCUGCCAGCCAACUCGCCAGGGAAGUGGUGGUAAAGCCUGCUGCUCCAGUCUCUAUUGCUUGCUAGGCUGCUGUCACCCCCAUCCUAGCCGUUCCUCGCCCACCGGGUGGACAAAGCGGCCCACUGUGCAUCGCACCAUGUGGCUGCUCUGGGUGCCGACAGGGUCCUGCUGCUGAGUACCACCUCCACCACCAGGCUACUCUGGGAGCCCUGCACCCCGGGUCAACACCGUCCCGCACAGACCCCGAAUCACCACCGCGGGCCAUGGAGGUGGCGCCAGAGCAGCCGCGCUGGAUGGCGCACCCUGCGGUGUUGAAUGCGCAGCACCCCGACUCCCACCACCCAGGCCUGGCGCACAACUACAUGGAGCCGGCCCAGCUGCUGCCCCCCGACGAGGUGGACGUUUUCUUCAACCACCUGGACUCGCAGGGCAAUCCCUACUAUGCUAACCCGGCGCACGCGCGAGCGCGCGUCUCCUACAGCCCCGCGCACGCCCGCCUGACAGGAGGGCAGAUGUGCCGGCCACACUUGUUGCACAGCCCUGGCCUGCCCUGGCUGGACGGGGGCAAGGCUGCCCUCUCGGCCGCCGCUGCGCACCAUCACAACCCCUGGACAGUGAGCCCCUUCUCCAAGACGCCGCUGCACCCCUCAGCUGCUGGGGGACCGGGCGGGCCGCUGUCCGUGUACCCGGGGGCUGCAGGUGGGAGUGGAGGAGGAAGCGCCAGCUCGGUGGCCUCCCUCACCCCCACCGCGGCCCACUCUGGCUCUCACCUCUUCGGCUUUCCACCCACACCACCCAAAGAAGUGUCACCGGACCCCAGCACCACAGGGGCUGCCUCCCCAGCCUCAUCAUCUGCGGGGGCUAGCGCAGCCAGGGGAGAGGACAAGGACGGUGUCAAGUACCAGGUGUCACUGACCGAGAGCAUGAAGCUGGAAGGCGGCAGUCCCCUGCGCCCAGGCCUGGCCUCCAUGGGCACUCAGCCUGCCACCCACCACCCUAUCCCCACAUAUCCCUCUUACGUGCCCGCUGCUGCCCAUGACUACAGCAGCGGACUCUUCCACCCAGGGGGCUUUCUGGGUGGCCCGGCAUCCAGCUUCACCCCAAAACAGCGCAGCAAGACCCGCUCCUGCUCAGAAGGCCGAGAGUGUGUCAACUGCGGGGCCACGGCCACCCCUCUCUGGCGGCGGGAUGGCACUGGCCAUUACCUGUGCAAUGCCUGCGGCCUCUACCACAAGAUGAACGGGCAGAACCGGCCACUUAUCAAGCCCAAACGGAGGCUGUCAGCAGCCAGGAGAGCGGGCACCUGCUGUGCGAAUUGUCAGACGACAACCACCACCUUAUGGCGCCGCAACGCCAACGGGGACCCUGUCUGCAACGCUUGUGGCCUCUACUACAAGCUGCACAAUGUUAACAGGCCCCUGACCAUGAAGAAGGAAGGCAUCCAGACCCGGAAUAGGAAGAUGUCCAACAAGUCCAAGAAGAGCAAGAAAGGGGCUGAGUGCUUCGAGGAGCUGUCCAAGUGCAUGCAGGAGAAGUCGUCCCCCUUCAGUGCGGCUACGUUGGCCGGACAUAUGGCCCCUGUGGGCCACCUCCCACCUUUCAGCCACUCGGGACACAUCCUGCCCACGCCAACACCCAUCCAUCCCUCUUCCAGCCUCUCCUUUGGCCACCCCCACCCGUCCAGCAUGGUGACUGCCAUGGGCUAGGGACAGCAUCCUGCUGCACAGAUAGAUGUCCAGGAGGGGUGUGCUUUCAGGAUGGGUGGACCAGGCCCCAUGCAGCCACCCUUCCCUGGAGAUUGAUGCCACUCCUGCCAGGCCCCAGCCGCUCCUGCCAGCCUGGCCAGAGCCCAGAGCCGCCGCCUCCACGGCCAGCUCCAGCUCUGCAGCUCAGCAACAGCAGCAGCAGCAGCAGCAGCAGCAGCAGCAGCCGCCGCAGCCGCCGCCGCCUGCCGGCCUUUACUGUGAAUAUUCUCUACUGGGCCAGAGGCUGUCCCCGUGCCCUGCCCAGGUGGGGUCCCUUUGUGGACAAUUAUCUGCAAGGUGAACAGGGACAACUUCGUGGCAAAACAUGGGUCAGGGGAAAGACAAAUGCAACCAUUUUUUGAAGGAAAAAGAAGUAGGCAAAGAUAAUUUAUUUUGCUUUUGUUUCUAACAGGGACUUGGACACUGGGAAGCCUGGGCUCUUCCUUGGGCCCAUCGCUGCCCAAGAGCUCUGAGGGGCAGGUCUGCGGGGAUGUCCCUCAUCCCCUCCUGCUCCAGCUUCCCUCUCUGAAAUCACUCAACUCCAGGCUGGGUCAUGCCGAGGCCCCAGAGGCUGGCGGCUAGCUGGGGCUGAGAGCCGGUGCAGCCCGAGGGUCAGGCCCUGGAGGGCAGAGACAAUCGCGGGCGGUCCUGCGCAGAUUCCCAGGCCAGGGCUGGGUCACAGGAAGGAAACAACAUUUUCUUGAAAAGGGAAACGUCUCCCAGGUCUCUCCCCAGGCUUUGAGGCUGAAGCCGGUAUGACCUGUGUGCCCCAAACGGGCCAGAGCCACAGCCUGAAUUCUGUGCCAGGUGGACCCCUGUAAAUACAUCCUUUUUCUGCUCCCCCCUCAACCCCUCCCCUCCCACUCUUAGACAAACAAGAAAAUACUCGAAACAAAACUGUAUAAGCUUCACUUGUUGAUGAGUUCGUUCUUUUUAUUUUUAAAUUCUUCCUGGGUCCAGUCAAUUGUACGUUGCCACAGAAUCCCUACUAUGGGAAAAAAUAAAUCCAAUAAACUAAG